ACUAAGGCGCUUCGCUCUUGGCAGAACGAUUGUUUACCUUUAAAUAUUUAUCGGUUGAUAAUGAUGCUGAGAAUCUGUGGUGUGUGUAUCGUUAAUGAGCAGUGAGUGGCGUUUAGUUUAGAUGGUGAUCUUAGGACUAUUACUAGAGUUAUGUAACAUUAUUGUGAGGUUGGUGCGGUAACACGGUUCAGGUGCAUCCAUGUGGUCACAUGUCCAUGGCUACUUUUAUGGUUAAAUUGAUUGGUGUAACCAGAAGAUUUUAUAGUAAACUUAGUAACUUGCAGUAAAUCAGGCUAAUAAAAAAUAUCACAAAUGGGAAGGCAGUGGAUGAACUUUAAAUUCUAAUUUAAUUUUGACUGUGGCUGCCGGAAAAGGCCAAAAGAUGUCGCUAGUCGCUCCAAGGCGGGUUCAGCUGGACUGGGCUCCGAAUAUACCAUGGGAGCAAGAGCCAACCUGCGAGAGGGAUUCGCCCUUCAAGCACCAGGCGGCGCAGCAGUCGAAUAGAUCAGAGUCGUCAUCAUCAUCGGCCGACACCGCGUCGCAGGGCUCGGGUUCCGAGGCUGGCCCCGCGCCCGCGCCGCUACAGCGGGCGAAGCGCCAUGAACCUCAGAGAGAAGAAAGGCGCGAGGAAGUCGCAAAUGCGCCGCGAGUCCAGACCAAUCCUCUGCUGAGGUCGCGGACCCUCCCAAACUUCGGCGGGCGCGUGUCACGCGAGGCGUCCCGCUGCGACACCUCGCGGCGCGCGCACCACAUCACCAUGGCGUCCGAGGACCUGCUGCAGCCCGGGCACGUGGUUAAGGAGCGGUGGAAGGUGGUGAAGAAAAUCGGCGGCGGCGGCUUUGGCGAGAUAUACGAGGGUCUCGACCUGGUGACCCAGGAGCAGGUGGCGCUCAAGGUGGAGUCGGCGCGCCAGCCCAAGCAGGUGCUCAAGAUGGAGGUCGCUGUACUCAAGAAGCUGCAAGGCAAAGAGCACGUCUGCCGCUUCAUCGGCUGCGGUCGCAAUGCUCGCUUCAACUACGUGGUGAUGCAACUCCAAGGGCGGAACUUGGCGGAACUACGCCGCGCCCAGCCGAGAGGCGCCUUCUCACUGUCCACCACGCUUAGAUUGGGUCUACAGAUACUCAAAGCGAUAGACUCUAUCCACUCAGUAGGAUUCCUUCAUAGAGACAUUAAACCUAGCAACUUCAGCAUAGGCCGGCACCCGAGCAACUGCCGCAAGGUGUACAUGUUAGACUUCGGGCUCGCGCGUCAGUACACCACCAGCAACGGGCAGGUGCGGCCGCCGCGCGCCGCCGCAGGCUUCAGAGGCACGGUCCGCUACGCGUCCAUAAACGCCCACAAGAACAAAGAGAUGGGCCGCCACGACGACUUGUGGUCAUUAUUCUACAUGCUGGUGGAAUUUGUUAACGGACAGCUACCGUGGAGGAAGAUUAAAGACAAGGAACAGGUCGGCCUCAUGAAAGAGAAAUACGACCACCGGUUGCUCCUCAAACACUUGCCUUCAGAGCUGCGUCAGUUCUUGGAACACGUCCAACAGCUGGAAUAUGCGGAUACUCCGGACUAUGCCAUGCUGACCGCACUGCUUGAACGGUGCUGCAAGCGGAGAGGCGUCAGGGAUGCAGAUCCUUACGAUUGGGAGAAGGAUGUAAGUGUUCUGAGAGCUUCUAGAAACUUCUAG